UUACCUUAAAAAUGUGCCAGCGUCUCAUUUUUUCACAUAAUUCAAUAGAUAUUCAAUGAAGUCACACCUUUUAAUAUUAGCGUUAGCCGUAACCCUCUCUCUAGCAGAGAGGGUCACCUAUAACAAUUACAAACUCUACAAAAUCAUCCCCAAAGAUAAGGAAGCUUUACAUGUGCUGAAAAACCUAGAAAAACAGUCUACCGAUUUCUCUCCCUACGAUUUCUGGAGUGAUCCAGCUCACGUGAACCAACCGGUGAGCCUGAUGGUAUCUCCAGACUUCCAACAUACAGUCGAAGAUAUGUUGAAACCCCUGAACGUCACCAAAGAGGUGGUUAUACAGGACGUCCAGAAAGUGUUCGACGCUGAAAAAAGGUCUCUUGGAAACGAACUGAAUCCAGUGAAUUGGACCCUUUACAACACUUUAGAAGAGAUUAAUAACUGGCUGGAAGAUUUGGCAGUGGAAUUCAGUGAAUACAUCACUAUUUUAAAACCGGGCAAAUCACAUGAAGGUCGUGAUAUUGUUGGGGUGAAACUUGACUUGACCCCAGAAACGGCAGACAAGGAGGUUGUUUUUAUGGAGGCAAACAUCCAUGCUAGGGAAUGGAUUACUUCAGCAGCCACUACUUACAUUUUAAACGAAUUUUUGCGUUCAACAGACGAGAAUGUUCUUGCAGUCGCUCGGAGAUACGUAUGGUACUUCUUCCCAGUCAUGAAUCCUGAUGGUUUUGAGUACUCUCAUACUACUAAUCGUCUAUGGCGCAAAACCCGUACGCGCUACAACAUUUUCUGCUGGGGUGCCGAUCCCAACAGGAACUGGGACAGCAUGUGGAUGGUCACCGGUGCUUCCCAGAACCCGUGCUCAGACAUCUAUGCCGGCCCGGUAGCGUUUUCUGAGCCCAGCGUCAAGGUCAUGAAGGAUUUCAUCGAGACCAUCGCUGACAACAUGGUGGCCUAUCUCGAUUUCCAUUCGUUCAGCCAGAUGUUGCUGUUGCCUUACGGUCAUACCACUGAGCAUUUGGAUAAUUACCAAGAAAUGAGAGAGAUUGGUGAAUAUGCUUUGGGAAGAUUAACAUCACUUUAUAACACUGUUUAUACUAUAGGAAACGUGCCAGAAAUUCUAUAUGAAGUGUCUGGUAGCAGUAUGGACUGGGUGAAAGCUACUUUCAAAACUCCCAUAGUCUACUGUUGGGAGCUGAGAGAUUUGGGUAGCUACGGUUUCGUGCUGCCAGCUGAACAAAUUAUACCAACAUCGAUAGAAACUUUGGAAUCGGUUAUAGCGAUUUUUGAAGCAUACGUAGAUCGAUCGUUGCUUGACAAUAAUAAUAACCCUUCUAAGAUGAAGUUCCUCCUUGUGGCUUUGGCGACCGUAGCUCUCAGCGCUACCCUAGCUACCUCAGACAAAGUCAGAUAUGACAACUACACUUUGUUUAGGUUUGUACCUAAAACAAAGGCUAUGGUACAAAGUCUGAUCGAUCUGGAAUCAGCUCCACUGUCUGGAUAUCAUUUCUUCAGUCCCAUUCAAGGCGAGGCACAACCUGUGGAUGUUUUAAUAUCUCCAGACCACCAAGCCGAAUUCAAAGCUAUCCUGGAAGAGAACAAUAUUGAAAGUGAAGUUUUGGUGGAAGAUAUCCAGAAAUCCAUUGACAACGAAGGAUUUAGACCCGAUACAUUGGCUGGAUCUUUCGACUGGAGAGCAUACCAUACUUUGGAUGAGAUCUAUGGUUGGUUAAGGAGUAUUGCAAGCUCGUACCCUGACAGAGUUACUUUACUUUACGGCGGUUCUACAGGCCAAGGACGUGAUAUACUGGGCGUUAGGAUAUCGCAUAACCCAGCCAAUGCGGAACGUAUAGUGUUUAUUGAGGCUAACAUCCAUGCCAGGGAAUGGAUUACUUCUGCUGUAGCUACUUUCAUCAUUAACCAACUGAUUGGCAAUACCGAUGCAGAAGUUCGUCAUUUGGCGGAAAGCUACGAUUUUUAUGUAUUCCCUGUAUUCAACCCCGAUGGAUUUGUUCACAGCCAUACAACAAACCGUUUAUGGAGAAAAACUCGUACCCAGUACAGCAUAUUCUGCUACGGUGCCGACCCUAACCGCAACUGGCCUUACCAAUGGAUGACAGGUGGCGCCAGCAACCAACCGUGCUCUGACACCUACGGUGGUCCAGCUCCAUUAUCCGAACCAUCCACUCUUUCUACUUCUAACUUUAUUAGAUCGAUAGGAAGGAACCUGGAAGCUUAUAUUAGCUUGCAUUCAUACAGCCAGAUGCUUUUAUUGCCAUACGGGCACACCACAGCCCAUUUGGACAACUAUGACGAACUGAUGCUUAUCGGUAGACAAGCUAUUCAGGACUUGUCCAGAAGAUACGGCACUCAGUACGUUGUAGGAAACAUUGCUGAAACCAUAUAUGUUGCUACUGGUGGCAGUAUGGACUGGGUUAAGAACGAAUUCCAAGUACCAAUCAGUUACACCUACGAAUUACGGGAUUUGGGUCAAAAUGGGUUCAUUUUACCGGCCGAGGAAAUUAUUCCUACAGGCUUGGAAACUUUGGACUCUUUGGUGUCCAUCUUUAGGUCAUACGAACUCCUUCAUCCCAGAACUGAUUCCGAAUAGAUUUUGAUUGUAUUGUGGCUAGAUGUUAGUGAAUAAAUCUUUAUUGUGAUAUGAGAA